AAAAAAAAGCGGCUGCUAUUCUGCUAAACUAGAAACCGGACUCUUUCUCUCUCUCUUCUGCCAGGUUUCUGUCCCUCUCUACUCUGAGUCUCAGCUUUGAGCUUCAGAGAUCGCACAAGGCGAUUGCAGUUCAAAUUUGUUCUUCUUUAAAGGCCGUUUCUAAAAUAACCUAACUUCUUUCCAGUACAAAACAGAAUUGUUUUCUUACUUACAAGGCACAUAUAAUUUAGAUUGGUUGGUGACGGUGAAUUCCAUUCCCGAUCCAGGUGGGUUGCGUAGAAAUGGUUAUCUGCUUUGUUGUUAGGAUUUGAAUUCGAAGAUUGUGCGGGUGAAAUUUUGGUGUGUGUAUCUACAUACAGUUAGUUGCUGGUGAAAAAACAGCGGCUUUUGAGGAGGGUUUGAAGAAGGAGCUUGGGGAUUUUUUUGUUUUAGUUUAGUUUUUGAAGAUUUUUGUAGGGGACAGAGAUGGAAGGAAGGGGGUAGGUGUUAGAAGAGAGAUGGAAGAAUCUGAGCUUGAAGAAGGGGAGGCUUGCUGUUAUGAGAAUGAGAAUAAUGGCGGUGACGAAAAUUCAUUCGUUGACCCUGAUGCUCUCACCCACAUUGAAGAAAAAAUCCAAGAUGUUUUAGGGCAUUUUCGAAAAGAUUUUGAAGGUGGUGUUUCUGCUGAGAAUCUCGGGUCAAAAUUUGGGGGGUAUGGUUCAUUUUUACCCACUUAUCAGCGUUCACCUUCUUGGUCUAAUCCAAGGACUACGCCAGAUGUCCCUAACAAUAACAUACUAAGAUCCCCCAAAAAUCUGAACCUCGAGGUUGGUAGGCAAAAUUCAUUAGUUUCAUCUAGCACUUCUCUGUCAGCAAGACUUGGUGCAGCUUCCACCAAUUCUGUACUUGUACCUGCAACCAGGGCUUCUAUUGCAAAUGUAGAUACCAAAACCGGCACACAUUCCGCUCGGGCUGAAGAAUCUACUUUAAUAUCUAAAAAUCCUAAAAAGCGUGCAAGUUCUUCUGAUCAGAAAUGUCUGAAGGUGCGCAUCAAAGUUGGAUCUGAAAAUUUGUCAACUCAAAAGAAUGCUGAAAUCUAUAGUGGACUUGGCCUUGAUGUUUCUCCAUCAUCAUCGUUGGAUGAUAGCCAUGACGAUAGUGAAGGGUUAACUCGUGACCUAUGGGAUGCCUCAGAUGAAUCCCCUACAAGCAUCAUUCAGUUUAUGACCUCAGUUCCAUUUCAUCGAAGCUUGUUGUUAUCUCCUCUAUCUGAUGAUUUGAUUCAUUUGACGGAAAAAGAUAGUCUUCAGGGAAAUACUGUAUGUAAACCCCUGCGCAAGGCCUUCACAGAAACUUCUGGGGUGAUGUUAAAUGGCUCUGGUUACACAGUGGGUAAUGGAAAAAUCUUGGAUGAGAGGAAGUUGAAGUCAUUUGAGAAAAAUGCUAAUUGUAAUGACAAUGGCAUUCAGGAUUCUGUAGGUUUACCAUCAAAGAAGGAAAUUGAUGUUGGUACUUUGAGUUGUGAAGAUCUCAUUUCUAAGACUUUGAAACUCCCCCUUUUGAUGAGCUCAUGUACAACUGUUUCUGAUCCUAUUAAGCACUCCAAGCCAGUUGAUAGUCUGAGAACUGAUGUUCAUUGUAUGGUGAAGGAAGAGAGCUUGGAUGGUGCACCCAAGGAUGUUUUUCAGCCCAUAUCUGAUAUGGAGACUGACAGAACUGAAAAGUCUAAUCGAAAGGGUAAUUCAUGUGGAGGGGCUUGGGAAAGUAAAAAAUCAAAUCGUUUUGACAACAGCACAGGGUACUCAAAUAAAGAGGGCAACUAUGGAGUACAAGCUGAUGUUUCAGCCAAUGCUCGGCAGAACAAAGACAGAAAGGCUCUUAAUACUGAUUUCCUUGGUAUACCAGAGCUAUCUGGUUGUCGGAAGGUUGCCUUAAACAAUGAGGAUGGCUUGAAACUGGCUAAUGGGAAGGAACAGGUUACAUCUGGAGGCAAAAAGAAACUUCGAGGAAGUCAGGUUCAUGAUGCUGAUGGUGGGAAGGUGUUAAAUGAUGGUUUUGUAACUGAUUCUUCUUUGACACACAAGUGUAAAAAGAGCUCUUCUAGCAACACCAGUACAUCUACACAUGAUUCAGACGAUUUCAAGAACCAUAUAAGAGCUAGAAGUACUUAUAUGGAGUUAUUUGGGGACCUGGAAGUUGAAGCAGAAGAUGAAAUUGGUCUUGGGAAAAUGCAUAAAUUGGAAAUGCUGAAAGAUUCUGGUGAUGUUGGGAAGACAACCCUGGUAGAGUACAAUGACACAGUGAAGGAAAGAUCUAAUGCUUCAAAGAUUGAGAAGUCAUUUGUAUCAGCGGAGCAGCCUAGGUUAGCUUCAGACAUGAAUGCUCCCUGUGGAAAUGUGACCAAUCUUACUUUUGGUCCAAGUGGUCCAACAGCAGAGGCUCCUGUACUUAAAGAAGAUUGGGUAAUGUGUGACAAGUGUCAGACAUGGCGUUUACUUCCAUUUGGUACUGAUCCUCGGAGUCUACCCAAGAAGUGGCUUUGCAGGAUGCUUGACUGGCUGCCUGGGAUGAACCAUUGUGAUAUUAGUGAGGAAGAGACAACUAAGGCUUUGAGAUCCCUCUACCAGUUCCAUCCUGCUGCCACAACUGCCUCUACUUUUAAGACUGAAAACAAUGAUCACCACAAUCCUGGUGGGAAUCUUUUAGGAGUAGCUUCAGUUGAUGAUUUGCAUUCAAAUCAUAUGCACGUUACAGAUGCUAGUGGAAAGAAGAAAUAUGGGUCAAAAGUUUUGCCGAAUGAAAACAAACAGGAUUGCCCUACACAGUUUUCUGACAAAACAAAUGAGAAUUUUCAAGCGAUCCAAAAUAAUAACGGUUUAAACAACACCAUCCAAUCUUCAGUUGAUGAAAAUAGGUAUCAUAAGUACUCAGGCCAAUCUAAUACCUCAAUGAUGGAGAAGGGAAGACAAAAACAGAAAGAGAGGAAAAAGUUGCUGAACAACCACUCUGAUGGAGGUGACAAAAAUGCAAAACUGAGGAAUAAAAACGAGAAAAAUUUAGAGAGUUCUACAGCCUCCAAGAAGAUGAAAAGAGAUGAUUUAAAUUAUAAUGAUGAAAAUUGGAUGGUUGACAUUGCUGGGGAAAAACCAACACGUAGCUCAAGCAACAGUUUGUCACGAAGUGCAUUCGUGAAGGAUCAAAAUAAAAAUAAAUAUAAGGAUUCAAAUAUUGAUGCAAAGAAAAGUGUGGUUCCAGAUAGAAGCCCACAGAUCCAUCUUCCAUUGAGUUCAAGUGAUGGUUCUGUGCAUGUGGGGAAGUGUGACAUUAAAGACUCAUUCAAGAAGAGGAAAGAGAAUGAGUGCCAGUAUGCAGAGACCUGUAAUAAAAUGUUUCCUGGUGUAGGAUGUAAUUCCCGAGAUACUACUGAUUUAGUGGAAGAAACGUGUGAAAAUGACCAAAGGAAAGGAAAGAAAGGAAGGAAAUCCCACUCUGUGAUGAAAGAUUCAAGUGGAAAGAAAUCCAAUGAAGGAAAUGGUGAAAGGGGUAGAAGUAAGGAGCAGCAGCAAGUAGUGGGGCAGCACCUGGAUGGCACCAUGUCUCAGCAGAGCUUAGAUGCUAUGGGUUCUUUAAAAAGGGGCUUGGGGCCUAUGGGAACUUUGCAGCCCUCUCCAGCUGCCACUUCAAGUUCUUCUGAAUUUUCUGGCUCACAGAAAAACAAAACCAGUCUCCAGGAACUAAGGGCUUCUCCUGUGGAAUCAGUGUCUUCAUCUCCUCUUAGAAUUCCUACAUCAGAUAAGUUUGUCUCUACAAUGAGCCUCGGCAGAAAAGAUGAUUGUCAGGAUGCUGGAUUUUUCUCUGUGCUUAGUCCGCGGAGAUCUUCAGAUGGGGAGGAUGAUGGGAGCAGCUAUCAAUAUGAGAUUCUUAAGAAGGAUCAAAAUCUUGAUGUGAGGCAUCAAGGGUCCCUUUCUGGUCAUAUGCCAUGUGCUAAAUUGAGCCAAUACACCCUACAUUCUCCUGAUACUGCAAAUCCUCGUGAUGCUGCUGUAUGUACAGAUCCCUUACCUCAGGGUGACCACUAUGCUUUUAAGGCACAGAAUUUGGAGAAAGACCUGGAUGAUAAGGACGGAAGGAAUGGCCAUCUCCAUAAUAAUAGUGGAAUAGUCUUGAAGUCCGGGAAGGGUUCCUCUUCAAGGCCUAAAGCAGGACAAAACAAAUUUCAGGACACAGACAGGAGUGCUAUUGGUUCAGAUAAGAUUAAGAAAAAACCCAUUCCUGAGAAGGAUCCUUCAAGAAAGUCGUUGAACAAGGUUGUUAAGGGUCACUCAAAAUGUACUGACAAUAAUUGUACUGAUGUUAGAAUGGAUGGUUCUGAGAAGCAGGCUUUGCUUUCAGAUAGCGAUGAUGGAAGGUUGACUAAGAAACCUUUUUCUGACAAAGAAGAAGGAAUUGCAAGCUCUGGGAGAGGGAAAUCACUUCCAGUAUUAGCAGAUAGUGGUAAACUUGGGCUAACAGCAGGUUUACAGCCAGUUUCUGGAUCUCAAAAAGAUGCAGCAAAUUUGUUGUCUGUUGAUACUUUUGAGGGGGAUGCUUCAAAGGCUAAACAAGGUAAGGAAGAUCACAGCCAGAGUAGGGACCAACCUACUAGUUUGCAGCACAACAGUCCAAAUAUUCGCAAGUUCCGAGAUCUUGAUGCUCCCAGUCCUGCUCGAAGAGAGCCCUCCAGUCAAGCUGCUACAAAUGCUGUAAAAGAAGCUACAAACCUGAAACACCUUGCUGAUCGCCUAAAGAAUUCUGGAUCAAGUGAAAGCACUAGUCUUUAUUUCCAAGCUGCUUUAAAAUUUCUCCAUGGAGCCUCUUUAUUUGAAUCAUGCAAUACCGAUAGCAUGAAGAACAAUGAGAUGACUCAAUCGAGACAAAUUUACAGCAGUACUGCAAAACUCUGCGAAUUUUGUGCUCAUGAAUAUGAAAGAUCCAAGGACAUGGCUGCUGCUGCUCUUGCCUAUAAAUGCAUGGAGGUUGCAUAUAUGCGUGUAAUUUAUUUCUCACAUACCAGUGCAAACAGAUACAGAAAUGAAUUACAAGCAGCUUUGCAAAUCUUUCCACAAGGUGAAUCCCCGCCCUCUUCUGCCUCUGAUGUUGAUAAUUUAAACAAUUCAUUGGCUGUAGACAAGGUUGCCUCGGCUAAAGGUGUUGGUUCUCCACAAGUCACAGUAACACCAGUUAUUACAGCAAGAAAUCGUUCCAACUUCAUGCGGCUUCUCAAUUUUGCCCAGGAAGUUAGUUUUGCAAUGGAUGCCUCCAGAAAAUCAAGAGCUGCUUUUGCAGCUGCUAAUCCAAGAAAAGGAGAGGCUCUGUGCAAAGAGGGUAUGUUAUCUGUUAGAAAGGCCCUGGAUUUCAACUUCCAGGAUGUGGAUGGAUUUCUGCGUCAUGUACGCAUCGCAAUGGAAGCAAUAUAGCACUGAAAUGUAAGCAUGCAAAACAUGUUUUUGCUCCACUCUGUUGAUACAGUGGAAGCAGAUAGGCUGGAUCGUUUAGAAAGAGAUUAACCAGGAUGACUGAAAUUCCAAUAUGAGAGCCAUCUAUUUUUUGACCUUGUAUGUAUAGCAAUAGCUGAAUUCUAGUUGAGAUAUUCUUUAAUGCCUCCUCGGGUUUCUUCUAAAUAAGUAAGGAUCUUAGAUCCAAGAGAUAGUGGUUUGAUCCCUGACAGAAACCCAUAACAUAGCAAACUCAUUAUUUGAUUACUGAUCCUGAUAACCCGUUUCUCCAACCAUGAGUCAUAAGCAUCAGGAUUGAGUUUUAGGCUCUCAGGUCAUUUGUACAGUUCAUGCUUUGCAAUUGAGAUUAUUGAUAGACUGUUGUUUACAUAAAGGCGGAAGAAUGACUAAAUACAUACAUCUCUAAAAUGCAAGACCAGCAGUUGUUCUGGUGUAUGGCUUUGCUAGUUUGCUUCAAUAGGGUGGUUGUACAGAUGGUCUGCUCUCAGACCGAAAUCUUUUGCGUACAGGAAGACAACAAUUGCAGCCACCACUGUCAUGUUCCAAAGAAGGGUAUGUGAUGGCAAAACAUUUGUUUCCAGAGUUUCCCUCCCGGUUGGACAAAUUGGUACAGCUGUUCUCCAUUUUUUAACCUGCUAAUGUAAAUAUCAGAAAAUGCUUGUUUUAAUCUAGAUGGUGAAAACUGAAAAGCUAGUUGGAAAUUAGACAGUUAUAAUGUAAGGUGUUGAUUGCUGGAAAUUUUCUGUAAUCAAAACUGUGUAUAUGCUUCUCGAUCAACUUCUAAUGUUAUAAUUUAAAAAUGUUAAAAUUGAUAUUUCA